GAGCGGCGGCAGCGCCUGGCAGGCCAGUCGGCCUGUCAGCCGGCUUCGAGGUAGCUGUCUCCAUUCGUGCAGCGACAGCGGCCAUGGCAGCCGAGGAAGAGGUGGACUCUGCGGACACUGUUGAGAGGUCAGGAUGGCUAACUGGUUGGCUUCCUACAUGGUGCCCUACGUCUACAUCACACCUUAAAGAAGCUGAAGAGAAAAUGUUAAAAUGUGUCCCCUGCUCAUACAAAAAAGAACCUGUUCGUAUAUCUAAUGGAAAUAAAAUAUGGACACUGAAGUUCUCUCAUAAUAUUUCAAAUAAGACCCCACUUGUCCUCCUCCAUGGUUUUGGAGGAGGUCUUGGACUCUGGGCACUAAAUUUUGGAGAUCUUUGCAGAAAUAGGCCUGUCUAUGCUUUUGACCUGUUGGGCUUUGGACGAAGUAGUAGACCCAGGUUUGACAGUGAUGCAGAAGAAGUGGAGAACCAGUUUGUGGAAUCCAUUGAAGAGUGGAGAUGUGCCCUAAGAUUGGACAAAGUGAUCUUGCUUGGACACAACCUGGGUGGGUUCUUGGCUGCUGCUUAUUCAUUGAGGUAUCCAUCACGGGUUAAUCAUCUCAUUUUAGUGGAGCCUUGGGGUUUUCCUGAGCGACCAGACCUUGCUGAUGAAGACAGACCAAUUCCAGUUUGGAUCAGAGCCUUGGGAGCAGCGCUGACUCCCUUUAACCCUUUAGCUGGCCUCAGGAUUGCAGGACCUUUUGGUUUAAGUCUAGUACAACGUUUAAGGCCUGAUUUCAAGCGAAAGUAUUCUUCAAUGUUUGAAGAUGAUACUGUGACAGAAUAUAUCUACCACUGUAAUGUACAGACUCCGAGUGGUGAGACAGCUUUCAAAAAUAUGACUAUUCCUUAUGGAUGGGCAAAAAGACCAAUGCUCCAACGAAUUGGUAAAAUGCACCCUGACAUUCCCAUUUCGGUGAUCUUCGGCGCCCGAUCCUGCAUAGAUGGCAAUUCUGGCACCAGCAUCCAGUCAUUACGACCACAUUCAUAUGUGAGGACGAUAGCCAUUCUUGGGGCAGGACAUUAUGUGUAUGCAGAUCAACCAGAGGAGUUCAACCAGAAAGUAAAGGAGAUCUGUGACAGCGUGGACUGAGCUCAUUGAGGCCAUUGUGGGGAAACCAGUGACUCAUACGAUUCUUCAGCAAUAAUUUAUAGUCUCCAAUGAAGAGUAAGGAAUACGACACAAGAACCAGGCAGUCUCCUUGACUGUACUUGACACAUGUUUUCUUUAUGAAGUUGUUUGCAAAUUUAAAACAGUUAGUGCCUUCUAGAAAAACAGCUUUCCUUUCUGGAAAUUCACAGAAUCUCCAGAUCUCAUAGGUUUCAGUAAAAGGUUAUUUGUCUGUCAGAUGUACUGAAAAAUUGUAGUUUUUCAACUGAAAAUUGUUUUCAUUUCUAUCUAACUUUACUAAGUUGGGUACAUUUUAUAUUGCAAUCUAUAUUGCCAAUUUAAAGACGUGAUUUCUGGGUCUGUUAUGUUAUAUACUUUUCUUUGUCUGCAUGUAUUUACCAUGUCUAAUAACUGAUAUAGUUAAUCCAAAUUCAUUGUGUUUUUAUGUAAAAAUUUGUCAGUUUAGAAUACUUUGUUUUUUGAAAUGGAAUGACAAAACAGGUUUUCAGUUAAAAGAUGGGGAAUUGGUCACUAGCAUUAAUUUUUCUUGUCUUCUUUCCUCUGUUCUGUAUUUAAGACUGUAAAAGCCAUGAUCAAUAUUUUAAAUAUGAUCUAUCCUGACAUACAAUCUGCAACAUAACUCCUUGGUACUUUCUGUAUGUGAUAUAAUUCUACACUUCUAAGGAAGCGUAACUUAAAUUCUUCAGUGAUUUAAGUACUGAAAAGCCUUAACUAAAAGUCUGUCCUUUUUUUUUUCCUAUUAAACUUAUCUUUUCCAUGAACCAGGAUGUAGCAAACCAAACAGAUUUCCUCACUGAGGGAAUAUUAAGACUGUUACCUUUCAGUAAGCCAAGACAUAUCAUGUUUUCAUUAACAUCUAACUCAUGUAGAUGGGUGCUAAAACUGGAUUUUAUUACCACUGAAAUAUAAAAAUGGGUAGCGCUGUUACAUCUCAUGGCACCAGAGAUGAGCUGGCACUUGUGUUUAUUUUUAAAGAGAUUUUUGUUGAUUAAAUAAUUUAUAUACUUGAAGUUACAUUACAAAAAUUGUUAAGGUGUCCCACACUUGAGUGAAGUAUUUGACAAUAACUACUAUCAAGUACAGUACUUUUUGCAGUUUUAAAAUGAGGAAAACUUUGAAACUGUGAAAAUAAACUCCAUGUGGUAACUGGCUGUUGAGAAGACCCUCCACAAAAGAAAAUUGAAUAGGGUUUCAGCAGCAAGGCAUCUUUGCCUUAUGUUUUGCUUAAUGUUGCUUGUCUAGGAGAAAGACAGUUAUGUAAAUAAAAACAGUGAACUAGAGGAAAUAAUGAGUUAAUUGUUUUGGCUAUUGUAUUUUUAAAUGGCUAAUUAGGAAAUUUGUCAUUGUUAAGAAACAAAGUUAUAUUACUGUUGAUUAACUGCUAGAAAGAACUAAUAUUAUAUUUUCCACAUUAUCUCCCUUAAACAAGAAUAGGUAAAUUAUAUUGAAGCAUGAACAGCUUCCUAAUGAACAGUUUGUCUCACUUGUCAGUUUAACUAGGUUAGUUCAGGAAGGUGACGUGAGAGCCAAGAUGUGUUUUCAGAUUUCUCUACCUUAAGAGCAAAAAUAGCCAUUACUUUUUAAUUAGUUUCUUUGCUGACCAGAUUCAAGUCUAUAAGCAGCAUAAAUAAUUUGGGUAAUGUUUUUGUUUUUUGUUUUGACACAGUCUCCGUUUUCCCUUAAUUAUAUUUUGCUGGGCAGGAAGGUUUCUGCACAGGAAACUUGGUCCAAGCCCCUGGAGGGAAGCUACUUGAUUCAUUUAGUAAAUGGAGUUUCUGGCCACAGAUGUGCCAGGUGAUUCAGGAAAAAAAAAAGUACCCAGCUGUCAAGUGGAACUUAGUUUCUUAGCAACUGCAUUUGCUUUAUUUGAAAAAUGCCGUAACUUUUUAAAAAGUUAAAUUUUACUUUGGGGAAUAGUAUAUGUAAUUUUGGGAAGAUUUAGCAAGCAGAGAAAGUCACAAGCUUCCAAAUCCUGAAAGACAAUGGGUGCUAAACAUUUUCUUAAAAAAAAAAAAAAAAAAAAAAAAACCUCUUACAGUAUUUGAUCCU